AAGACAGCUUCCUAGAAAUGAUUAAAAAUAUAGCAUAUGCAUGAUAUGCAUAUUUGGCACACUCAGAAACAACACAAGAAUAACAAUGCGAAGAUCUCUUCUUACUUUGAUUUUAGGCUGUUCUCUGAGUUCUCCAUCUGUGAACCUGCAGAAGCCCAAUAUUUCUCUCAGUGGAUUGUUUGACUUUGGUCCUCAGGGUUCAGUGAUCACCAGAGGUCACAGCUUCACUAUUACUUGUUCAUCUGAAUCUCAGUAUUCUGGAGGCUUCUUCUCUCUGUUCAGUGGAUCAAACAUCAUCAGAAGUAAGCCAGCUGUCAAUCACUCAGCGGUCUUCAUCUUUCCUGAGGCAGAUUAUUCACAUGAGGGAAGCUACAGUUGUGUUUAUGAAGUGAAUGUGUCCUCACGUAACUUUUGUUCAGUUUGCUCUAACCAGCUGCUCAUCACUAUCAGAGCCUCCAUGUGUCCUGUCAUUUGUGCUUUGGUGUCAGUUAUAUUUUUCAUAUUCACUGCUCUCAUAAUGAUUUUACUGAUGGAAAGAAGACAAAACCACAAGAAAAAAACUUACAAGGUGUGCUUCAUACAAGGUGCCGUUAAUAUGCAUUCACAUGCAGUAAAUGAAGACAGUUAUGAAGAGGAUGAUGAAGAUGACGAAGUGGAUGCUAAAUGUUUCGAUGAGGCAGAGUACAUAAAUAUAAACAUUGUUGAACCUGACGUGUCCUCAUAUGAAUCUGAAAGAGAUUAUGUUAAUAUCACUACACUAAGAAACACAGUUGACUAUGCUAAAAUCAGACACUAAAAAAACUAAACGCUGUGUAAAAUGUAUGUAAUAUCUGAUCAAGUAAAAUUAUGCUGCACAUUUUGGCAAAACGUGUGGUACUCAUACUCAAAACUGAACACCAUAAACAUUUUUAUUGAUAACCAACAGUUACUUUUCUGGUUACAACUGUAGAUUUUAAAGAUGAAGUAUCAAAGUAGCUUCAUUAUACUUUAUUAUUUCAAAAGGGAACACACUGCUAGAAAACCAGUGCUCCAGUAGACAUGCAUUAUUGGUAGGCCAAUGUUGUAUGACCUUGAUGAAUAAAUGUAUUUUUGGGAUCCUUAUCAUUGUACUAUUAUCCAAAUGUAGUUACUGUCUCGUUAUUUAGAGCAUUUUUUUUGUGAUGUCACAUUUGACCCAGAGAGACUUUUGUGAUUUCCUGUGUUUUCAGUUGAUACUCGUGCUGUUUGUGAAGGGAAUCUGAUGGUGUGUGGUGUGCUGUCAUGAGCACAUAGCAGCACUCCACACACUUUAGGACCAAAACUGUUAAAUCUAACUUUUUUGUCAUUGUGUUUGUUGUCUCUCACAUUUGGAAAAGAUUUU